UCUUACGCAAAUUCGUUUACGUUAAUCUAAAUAUAUUUUUUUAAUCAUAGAUUUCUCUCAUGAUAUAUAUAAGAAAUAAGUAUUUCAAGUUUACCGUUUAGUUAUUAAUCAAAUCUAAGUAGUUUGAGAAAAAAAGAACCUAGUAUUUGUAUAUAAAAUUUAUAUAUAAAACCGAUAAAAAGAAAUCCGUCUAUAUCAACGGAAUGUUGUCUAUUUUUAAUUGAAUAAACUGCGUUUCCGUUCAACGUGGACAGACGAUGGUAAAAAUAAAUAUUCGACUAUCUAGUAACGUCUAGAUAUUUCUGAUCUGCUUUUAAUAUAACGCAAGAAUAGUAAAUGUAACAGAAAACUUUCUGACACGAAGUGUAUGACAAAAGAAACAUUAACACCGCAAGAGUGGAAGGAAAAGGGUAAUGAAGAAUUUAAUAAAGGCAAUUGGACAGAAGCAUUCAGUUCUUAUACAAAUGCUCUCAAGCUUACAAAUGAGGAAAAUGCUGAGAAAGCCAUUUUUUAUAAGAAUCGUGCAGCAGUGUGUUUAAAACAACAAAAUUAUGACAGAGCGAUUAAAGACUGUGAUGAAGCACUCAAAAUUUGCCCAAAAGAUCCAAAAGCUUUAUUUCGUAGAUGUCAAGCACUUGAAGCUUUGGAAAGAUUUGAGGAGGCAUAUAGAGAUGCUCGUUAUAUCAUAUCUACAGAUCCUAACAAUAAAACAAUUCAGCCUAUAAUUGCACGACUACAUGAAAUUGUACAAGAUCGUUAUAAGCAGAAUUCUCGUGUUAGUGCAAAGGUAUCACAAAUGAUUGAUAUAUCUUUUGAUUUACAACAAGAUAAAGAAAAACGGGAAACAGCAAUAAAUAAUCUUUUGGUACUUUCUCGUGAAAGAGCUGGUGCAGAAAUAAUGUUUAAUGAAAGUGUAGUAUCUAAAAUAACAAAAUUAUUAAAACUAGAAAAAAAUGAGGAAAUAAUUAUUGCCGCUAUUCGUAUUGUUGCUGAAUUAUGUAAAGACAAUAUUAAUAGAACUGAACAAGUCUUAAGUAUUAUAGGUAUACCAUGGUGCUUGGAAAUGAUCAACAGUAAAAAUAUAGAAAGAGUUAAUGCAGCACAAUAUUGCCUGCAGAUCAUACUAAACAGUUAUAGUGGAAUGGAUAAUAAACCAGAUACAAAACCUAACAAGGAUUUAUGUGAACAAUAUAAGAAAGAAAUUGAUACCAUCUUAUCUUGUUUACUAUAUAGUACAACAAAUAGAACGAUUACUGGCCAAGCCAGGGAUGCAAUAAUAGAACUUAUAAUGCGGAAUAUACAUUACACUGCACUAAAUUGGGCAGAACGUUUGGUAGAAAUCCACGGUCUGCAGAGAUUGAUGGAAGUUGCCAGUGAGUUAGAGGAAUACAAAUAUGAGUCUGCAAUGGAUAUAACUUCAUCUACACGCACCAUAAUGAGCGUUUGUUUGGCCAAAAUUUAUGAAAAUAUGUAUUAUGAUGCUGCAAAAGAAAAAUUCAGAAAUGCUAUUGAUGAAUACAUAAAAGACAAAUUGCUUACACCGGAUAUAGAAUCAAAGGUCCGUGUUGUUGUUGCAAUAACAACACUAUUACUUGGACCUUUAGAUGUGGGAAAUUCAGUUGUUGCUAAAGAAGGUAUUAUGGAAAUGAUUCUUGUAAUGGCUGGUACAGAAGAUCCAUUGCAACAAAAAGUUGCAUGUGAAUGUAUCAUAGCUGCAGCAUCUAAAAAGGAUAAAGCUACAGCUAUAAUAUCACAAGGUGUAAAUAUACUUAAGAAACUAUACCAAUCAAAGGAUGAUUCAAUUCGCGUACGAGCUUUAGUUGGAUUGUGUAAAUUGGGUAGUUUAGGUGGUACAGAUGCAACUAUCAAACCAUUUGCUGAUGGAGCAACAAAGAAAUUAGCAGAAGCUUGUAGAAGAUUUUUGAUUAAUCCUAAAAAACAAAAAGAUAUGAGAAAGUGGGCUGUAGAAGGGUUGUCUUAUUUAACAUUUGAUGCUGAAGUUAAAGAAAAAUUAAUAGAAGAUCAUGAUGCCAUUCAGGCGAUGAUAGAACUUGCCAAAACUGGAGAUCAGUCUGUACUAUAUGGAGUAGUUACUACUUUAGUUAAUUUAUGUAAUGCCUAUGACAAACAGGAGAUGAUACCAGAAAUGAUAGAAUUGGCAAAAUUUGCUAAGCACCAUAUACCACAAGAACAUGAAUUUGAUGAUCCAGACUUUUUAAAUAAAAGAUUAAUUACUUUAGCUAAAGCAGGUGUAACGAGUGCUUUAGUUUCUCUUUCUAAAACAGAGAGUCAGAAUAGUAAAGAAUUAAUAGCACGUGUUUUUAAUGCUAUAUGUAGUCAGCAAGAAGUAAGAGGAAUUGUUGUACAACAAGGAGGUGCAAAAAUUCUUUUACCCUUGGCUUUAGAUGGAACAGAUAAAGGAAAGAAACAAGCUUCUCAAGCAUUAGCACGUUUAGGCAUUACAAUAAAUCCAGAAGUAGCAUUUCCUGGACAAAGAAUCAUGGAAGUUAUAAGACCAUUUUUGAAUCUUUUAAAUCCAGAAUGUUCAGCAUUAGAAAACUUUGAAGCAUUAAUGGCAUUAUGUAAUUUAGCCGGUGUUAAUGAUACUGUUAGAAAACGUAUCCUUAAAGAAGGUGGUUUUUCGAAAAUUGACACAUAUAUGUAUGAAGACCAUGAAAUGUUGAAACGCGCAGCUACACAAGUAAUAAACAAUUUAAUUAUAUGUGAAGAUACAAUCAAAUAUUUUGAACAAGAAAAUGACAAAACAAAAUAUCUUCUGAUUCUUUGUGAAGAUGAAGAUGAAGAAACAUGUUUAGCUGCGUCUGGAGCGUUAGCAAUGUUAACAUCAGUAAGCACAAAAGCUAUUGAGAAAAUGUUUGAUGCACAAAAUUGGUUGGAAAUAUUACGCUUUUUGCUUGCAAAUCCCAAAUCUGAAAUACAACAUCGAGGAAUAGUUAUUAUAUUAAAUAUGAUGAAAAGUUCAAAAGAUAUUGCUGCAAAAUUGGUUGAAACAGAUAUAAUGGAAAUUUUAAUGGCUUUAACACAGAGUGAUUCUGUGCAAGAUAAAAAAAUUAAAGAUUUGGCAGUCCAAGCAUUAGGAGCUGCUGCUGAUUGGAAACUUAUUCUUUCUGUAACAUCAUAAUAUUUUAAUACGACUCGUUACAAAAAUAUUGUAUCAUUUAAUGAAUGUGCCUUAUAAUGUAUUAAAUAAUUCAUUAGAACUUUUUCCAUUGUAUACUGAAACAU